AUGAACUCCGCAGUAACAGACAUACCCGUAGAUGUUAUAUCUUGUAUACUAUCAUAUCUUCCCGUCAAGUCGGUAGUACGUUUUAAGUGUGUAUCAAAAUCAUGGCACUCUCUAAUCUCUGAUCCCUUCUUCAGAAAAUUACAUCUCCUUCGUUCACACAAAUCUGCAAAUCUGGUAUUUGUUCUCCAAAAUCCGGUCAAGCAUUAUAGUUACUGUGAUGCAACCUUUUUUGAUGAUACAAUUUCAGAAGAUUCUACGCAAAUCGAAUUACCCUUCAGACGUCAACUACGCUUAUGGGAUGGCGUAAUUUUGUGUUCUUGCGAUGGGCUGUUACUCGUGAGAGAUCUUUAUGAGCAGUUAAUUUUAUUAAACCCUUCCACUAGAGAGCAUCGUGUACUGCCCAAGGUUGAAAAUUAUUAUUCUGACUCAGUAAGUGAGGGCUACGACUUGGGCUAUGAUUCAUCAUCCGAUGACUACAAGCUACUGCUUCGACGUUUAGGACGUAAUCCUGAAAAGCGUAAUAAGACAACCAAAGACCCUAUGAUUCUUUCUCUGAAAACAAAUUGUUGGCGGAAGGUUGAAGAUCUUAACUAUGACCGCGAUAUAAAGAAUGCCAUAAAUCUGAACGGGUUCCUGCAUUGGUUGGUUUUGCAUAAUUCAUCGGCACCGGGAAAGAUUGUUUGUUUUUCCUUCGCAAACGAGACCAGCACAGAGAUGGAACAUCCUAGGAAUUACGAUAAUUAUGGACUUCUGAAUUUGGGUGUUUUGCAAGGAUGCCUUUGUUUAACAGAGACGAAACAUGCUGCUCAUUCAACGACCGUCUGGAUAAUGAAAGAAUUUGGAGUGACGAGCUCGUGGAUGAAGCUCAUUACCAUACCACAACGACCUGGAAAUCAUGCUAUGAAUCUCACAAUUCCAUUACCACUCAAUCAUAUGAACAGAACAGUUUUCCUAAUUGAUGACAUAUCUAGGAAUCCUGUUGAUCACAUGCUAAUUGUAAAUGAUACAGAGGCUCAAGACUACAGAUUUGUUAAGAUUGCCAAUGUCCAGAAGUAUAAGUUUCUCACAGGACUUACAUUUUCAAGGAGUUUAAUGUCACCCAAUUCAAUUUGAUUUAUUUUCCUUCUUUAUCAAGCUUUCGAGUUUUAAGAACAUGUUAUCAGUAAUCUCAUAUUUAUUAACUUUUCUAUAUAUAUGUUUUU